GUUGGCAGUCAACAUUUCAAUUACUGGCCGGCGAUUGCCGGGCGCUCGGGGCAGAUCUUUGCGCCUCGACAAUCGGCGGCGUCAUUCGAUUUCACUGCCCUAAUCCCGCGUCAAGCAUCUGUAGCUACCACUCUCCCAGCAACCUCCCACAUCUUCUGCAAUGGCUUCAAUUGCUCGGUGCUUGAGGGUCGCCCGGCCCACGGCUUUCUCUGCCGUUGUCAGGAGCUCGGUUUCCCGCGGCGUCGCCGCCCGCUCCUUUUCCGUCACCGCUUCGAAUGCCUUAAGGAGAUAUACCAAGGAACACGAGUGGAUCGAUAUCUCUGCCGACAAGAAGACGGGCGUCGUGGGCAUCAGCGAGUAUGCCGCCAAGCAGCUGGGCGAUAUCGUCUACGUUGAGCUGCCCGAAGAGGGCAAGGAGGUAGGGGCUGGCGACGCCAUUGGCGCCGUCGAGUCCGUGAAGAGCGCUGCCGACAUCAACGCCCCGGUUUCCUGCAAAAUCACGCAGGUCAACCUGGUGCUGGAGGAGAAGCCGGGCACCAUCAAUCAGGUUGCCGAGGACGACUCGCACGGCGGCGGCUGGAUUGCCAAGGUCCAGCUCACCGAGCAAGGGUUGAAAGAGUUUGAAGAGUUGCUGGAUGAUGCUGAGUACGAGAAGUUCACCGCCGAAGAGGGUCAUCACUGAAGGGUCCCCUCCCGGCAGUUGUGGAUUACGGUGGGCAAGGCUGGGAAGGGCAGGGCGUUGAAAGCGCUGGGGUCAUGGUUUUCUCGGACAGUUCAACCUGAUAGACGCAGGGGCCUAAAAAGGAUUUGUACAAACAUGGCCACUGGGGCAACCGGGAUUCGGUUUCGAGCAUUUCA